AAAAAUCCAUUUUUUUAAUUCAUCAUCAACCUUGCCUCUACGGUAUCUCGACACAAACAGCAAGAAGAGAUUGAAUCCAAUAGCAAUUCUUCCAUCUCGGCCUUGCGUUCUUCAAUCGCGAUUCCGACAUUCGUGAUUCGUGUUGUUCAAACACUAAUCCGAUGAUUUCAAUGUUCGAAGAAUCACAGUCCAAUUCGCUUUAUUAUCGCCGACAUAAACGGAAGAAAGAAGAAAAGGUGUCAAACACAACUCGAAAAACUCACUGAAUCUAGCAGGUACCGGGUAUGAACUUUUUCCCGCUUCGGUUUCCGGUUGCUUCUUCUUCUCCCUCUGCGUUACUGUUGCGCAUCUUCUUGCAUCCUGCGUGUUUGAUUCGUUGUUGAAUCUUCUUCUGCUAUGAGUGUUUGAUGAAUCGCUUUUGGUGGAUUCGUUGUGGAUGGGUUGAUGAAGAGUGAAGAGUAUUGGUGAAAAAAAAUGGAACUCGCGGUCCCUCUUGAGUGGAGAAGAUGAUGGAUGAUUUAUAUGGAUUGAAGCUUUAACAAAGUUAUAUUCGGUUAGUUAUCGAAGGCUCAAAAACGAUUAGGAGUUAUGUUUUUUGUUAUUAUAUCUGUUAAAUGAAACUUUGCAUCUGGUUUUGGAAUAAAUUUAGCUUAUGAUUUUUGCCGGUUAUCAUGUUUCAAGCUUGGCUUUGAGUUAUUUUGGUCGCGUGUUGCCGUUUGCUUUGCACUGUUGGAUGGUUUUACGUAACUGUUGUUAUGCAGUUUUGCUGUUAGCAGCUUUUUGCUUGUUUUGCUUUGGCUUUCUAUGCGUUUGGCUCAUGACUCGUUUGGAAGCUGCAACUUGCAAGUUGUGUUUCGUCGCGCGCGUUCCGUUUGCUUUGGAGCUUGGUUCGUACGUAUAACAACUUUUUGGAAGCUGCAUCGUGUUGCAGCAUUUUGUGCUCACGCCGUAUAGCUUGUGCCUGCUGCAGCUUCAGAUCGCGUUUCAGCUGAGUUAUUAAAUGGCUUUGGCGUUUUGGAUGGCUUCGAUGGUGUGCGUUUGUGAGACUAGUGUGUUUCACGUGGUUUUGCAGGUAUGGUUGAGUUUCGUCACCGGCGUUGCCGUUGGAUUGUCGUGCUGUGAAUUAUUUCUGCAAGUUGUCUUGCUGCUUGUGGCGUUUCCGUCAAUGUCAUGGGCUUGGUGUCGUGCAGCUGGUGUGCGUUUUUGUUUUGUUUUGUGGAAUGCGUUUUUUAUAACUGUUGCCGUUAGUGUUGCUUUGUGCAGCUUGGUAGCUGCUUCUGCUGGCUUUGGUUUGCGAUACAGCUUUGGUCGCUGCGGUGUGCGUUUGGCGGUUUUUUGCCUUUGUUGUUGAUGCUGCUGUUGGCAUUUGUACGCGUGUGGAGUUUGGCUUAUUGCUGCAACUUUUUUCCAAUUGCAUUUCUUUUCUUCAUUUUGUUUUAUUAUUUGGAAAUAUGUUAAUGUAUGGAUAAUGGUUUUGGAUUAAUUAAUUGAAUUAUGGUUUUAAUUGGAUUGAA